AUGUCCGGGAUAACAAGUUUAGACAGUUUCUGUCAGACGGUACCUGUGCCACUAUGCUCUCUCAUUGGGCCUGAUUCGUCGAUCACGGGUUCGCCAGGAAUUCUCCCGAAUUGUUAUGCACGGAAUAUCGAUGUUGGCAACACUAUCAUCUUCCAGGCUGCGUCCGAUUUUGCACAUAUCGGCGCAUUGGUCAUUAUAGUCAUCAUGAUCUUGCAUGUGCGGUCUAAAUUCACUGCGGUUGGCCGUAAAGAAAUUCUCACCUUCUUUUAUCUGUUCAUGAUCCUCACUGUCUGGUCCCUUGUCGUCGACGCCGGCGUCGUUCCUCCCCAUAGCAGCCCUUGGCCAUAUUUUGUCGCUGCGCAGAACGGUCUCGUUUCGGCUUGUUGCACAUGUCUGCUGGUCAACGGCUUCGUUGGGUUUCAAUUGUAUGAAGACGGCACAAAACUUUCGGUAUGGCUUCUAAGAGCUAGUUCAGCCGGAAUGUUCGUUAUAUCCUUCGUCGUCUCGUUGUUCACGUUCAAAGGAUGGGGUGGGUUGGAACCCUCGAACCCCGUUGGCGUUUUUGUUGUCGUCUAUAUUUUAAACGCUAUUUUCCUUUUCAUUUACGUCGUCAUGCAACUACUGCUCGUCUACAAUACUUUGGAGGACCGUUGGCCUCUGGGGCACAUUGCUUUGGGUGUGUUCUUUUUCGUUGCCGGGCAAAUCGUGCUCUAUGUCUUCAGCGGCACAGUCUGCAAUGGCACGUCGCAUUACUUGGACGGGCUAUUUAUUGGCACGCUUUGCAACUUAUUUACAGUCAUGAUGAUCUAUAAGUACUGGGACUCAAUCACGGCAGAGGAUCUCGAGUUUUCGGUGGGUGUCAAGCGAAACAAUUGGGAAGUUAAGGACAUCUACGAAGAGGAUCGACGACUCACAAUGUAUCCUGACAAUGGUUCUGAAUACGCACCUAGCACGCACUACCGAUCUUCCACAUUUGGCGGUAACCAUUCUGGAUUCUAA